AUGCAGCUGCAGCAAGGCGCAGCAGAUGCUGCUGCUGCAAUUAUGGGGAUUUUCUCCCAAUUCAACGGGAGUGCAAGAGAGGUGGGGCGGCUGCAUCGAAGGAGGAGGGGAAGGAACAACAACAACAACAAUAACAACAACAGCAGCAGCAGCAGCAGCACUAGUAGCAUUAUAACCUGCAGCAACUGCAGCAACAGCCUCAGCAGCAGCACAUGCAGCAGCAGCAGAGGCGAGCCUGUUGGGUUUAAUACAUUUCCUCUCCUUAGAGAAGGCCAGGAAAUAAAUGGUGCAAGGACACCGGAGCUGCCUACUGGCGACGGGCCUUUUGCUGCUGUUGCUGCAGCAGCAACAGCAGCAGCAGUAGAUGCUAUAGCAGGGUCUCCAGGGUCUCCUGCUGCAUUAACAACAAUUGCUGUUGAAGGUUCGCUGCUGCUGGUAGCAGAAGCAGCAGCAGCAGCAGUGCAAUUCUUUAGGCGUCUGUUUGGGGUCGAGACAGACAGCAGCAGCAGUUGCAGCAGCAACAGCAACAGCUGCAGCAGCAACAGUAACAGCUGCAGCAGCAGCAGCAGCAACAGCUGCAGCAGCAGCAGCAGCUGCUGGGAUGUCUUCCCCCUACUAAAAGCAUGCACUGGCUCAUUGCUUAGUUUGAUCCCCUCAGACACAGCAUCAUUUAUAGACACACAGCAGCAGCAGCAGCAGCAGCAGCAGCAGCAACAGCAGCAACAGCAGCAACAAAUGCAGUGGGAACAACAGCAGCAACUGCAGCAGCAGCUACUUCAGCAACAGCACAUGCUGCAACAACAUCAGCAGCAAUUCCUACAGCAUCUUUCUUUCCCAUACCAAGAGGAGCAGCAGCAACUGCAGCAACUGCAGCAAAUGCAGCAACUGCAGCAAAUGCAGCAAAUGCAGCAAAUGCAGCAACUGAAGAAUUCCCACAUCUCUUUUCCCUCAGAAGAAACGCAAGUUGAUUGGCCAACGGACAGUUUGCUGCAGGCUGCUGCUGCUGCUGCUGGUGGUACAGUAGCAGCAGCAGCAACAGCAGCACCUGAUGCAGCAGCAGCAGCAGAAGCAGAGAUAGACUGGGAGCAGCUGCUGCUGCGAGCAGCAUCUCGGUUGGACAGCCAAGGAGAACACAUCAACUCCGUAAUACCUGCUGCUGCUGCUGCUGCUGCUGCUGCUGCUUCUGCUGUUGCUGGUACCGUUGAUGCUGCUGUUGCUCCUGUUAGUAUUAGUAUUGUUGCUGCAGCUGCUGGUGCUGCUUCUGUUGCUGCUGUAGCCGGUUCUCCUGCUGCGAGUGCUGCUGCUGCAAACUCUGCCUCUGCUGCUGCUGCUGCUGCUGCUACCGGCCUGGUUGCUGUAGCAGCAGCAGCAGCAGCAUCAGUAGCAGCAGCCCUUAUACCUUCAUACAAUUUCUUCCCUUCCUACUGA